UUCGCGUUGGUUUCAGCAGGCGACCUCGCGGGGUGCGUGCGGUGAGGCAGCUGGGCUGCAGAGGCACCUCCCCCGAGAAGCCAGCAGGGCGGCGUCCCGCGGGGAAGAUGAGCCGCACAGGCGCCAGGUCCAGCCACCUGUCCCAGCCGGUCGUGAAGAGCGUGCUUGUAUACCGCAACGGGGACCCCUUCUUCGCGGGACGCCGCGUCGUCAUCCAUGAGAAGAAGGUGUCCAGCUUCGACGUCUUUCUGAAGGAGGUGACGGGUGGCGUUCAGGCGCCCUUCGGAGCCGUCAGGAACAUCUAUACUCCCCGGACCGGGCAGCGCAUCCGGAAGCUAGACCAGAUCCAGAGCGGGGGCAACUACGUGGCCGGGGGCCAGGAAGCCUUCAAGAAGCUCAAUUACUUGGACAUAGGAGAAAUGAAGAAGAGACCUAUGGAAGUUGUUAAUACAGAGGUGAAGCCGGUAAUGCAUAGCAGGAUCAACGUGUCCGCUCGCUUUCGAAAACCCCUUCAGGAGCCCUGCACCAUCUUCUUGAUUGCAAAUGGAGACCUCAUAAGUCCGGCUUCUCGCCUUCUCAUCCCCAGAAAAACCUUGAAUCAGUGGGAUCACGUGCUACAAAUGGUCACGGAAAAAGUAACUCUGAGGAGUGGGGCUGUCCACAGACUUUACACAUUAGAAGGAAAACUUGUUGAGAGCGGGGCCGAGUUGGAGAAUGGGCAGUUUUAUGUGGCCGUCGGCAGAGAUAAAUUUAAGAAAUUGGCUUACAGUGAAUUACUUUUUGACAAGUCCACCAUGAGAAGGUCCUAUGGUCAGAAAGCUUCUUCACUACCUCCUAUUGUAGGAUCCAGGAAGUCUAAAGGGAGUGGAAAUGAUCGUCAGUCCAAGUCAAUGGUUGGAUCCAGCGACAACACAUCCCCUCAGCCCCCAAAGAGGAAAGGGAAAAAAGAGGAAGUGAAUUUGGAAAAACCCAAGAAAGGGAAACAAAAUGUAAAGUUGAAGAACUCACCACAAAUAAGCCCAAACAGUGAUGAAGGCGUUUUCAAAGCUGGAGCAGAGAGGUCUGAGACACGGGGGGCAGCAGAAGUCCAAGAAGAUGAAGACACUCAAGUGGAGAUCCCAGUUGACCAGAGGCCCGCAGAAAUCAUAGAUGAGGAAGAAGAUGGAGAAAAAGCGAACCAGGAUGCAGAGCAGAAAGAAGAUUUUUCGGGAAUGAAUGGUGAAGUUGAAGGUGGAGGAGAGGAGGGGGCUACAGGUGCCUCUGAGCAAGUCGAGGGGGUCCCGGAUCAUGGCGAGGAGCAGGUGGCUCCCGCCCGUGGUAACGGAGGCACCGAUGAAGAAAACGGCGAGGAGCUGGAUCAGGUUAAUACUGAGCCUCAGGAGGCAGUGGACGAGGAGGUGAAGUCGCAAGGAGCUGGCAGUGGACAAGAUGAGGCGCAGUGCGCUGUGAUGACAGGAAGACGGCAGGGAACACAGGAGAAACACACCGCUGACUCAGACCCUCAAAGACCACCAAGACCAGAAGUAAAAAUCACAAGUCCGCAAGAAAAUGAGAACAACGAACAGAACAAGGACUAUGCUGUUGUAGCAUAGAUAAUUUUUAAAAAGAGAGUGCAUUCGUUAUCAGGAAAAUGGAGGGUUAUAAUACUUGAAUAAUAAGGGUAUAGUUACUGCUGAACAUAAUGUGACAAUAUGGUUGAAUACUACCUAUGGAAUUCUAAGAUUAGAGGCUUAAUAGAGAGACUAGAUAAUUUUGAAUAGCUGCUAAAGGAGAGCGGCUUCUUUUCAUGGGAUGCAUUGGUAAAAGUCAUUUAGAAAAACUAAGUAAGAGGAAUAGAGGGGCAGUUGCCCAGACAAUUGGCCACUUGCCUUGGUAAGCGAUGAAAAAGGAUAGGACCACACCUAUUGUAUACUUGUCUACAAAUUUAGAAGUGAGGUUAUUAGAUGGGAGCUUAUUCUAAAGCUCUUACCUAGGAAGGCAUAGAAUUUUAAAGAGAUGAUAAUAGGAAAGCAUGUACUAUUUUUUUUAAAGCAAUAAACUCUUGGAUAAACAAAUUGUAAUUUAGUUUCGGAGAUGGCAAUAGAUUGAAAUGUUUCCGUGACUUGUUGACCUUCCUUCCUUUCUUCCUCCGUAUCCCAAAUCCAUCUUCCAUGUAUUAAAAAGAGCACAUUUUGGAAGGAGGAAGUCUCCAUUCAGUGUGUUAGUGAUUAAUCUUGGCACCCCUCCCUCAAGUGCUUCCGGUUUUAAUCCGUAUGGCUUUAAGGACACCCUCAGGAAGGAAUUUUACAGUGGAACACCCCGCUGCAGUCACUGAGCCUGGCUGGCUGGUUUGCAAGUUCUGAUACCCUAGGAUUUUCAUGGAUCUAGUCUACCUUCACCAAUGAUACCCAUCUCUUCUCCAUCACAUUACUGUGUUAGAAAACUCAGGAUUGGCUACUCUAAAGAUAGAAUUCUUGCCAAUUUUUUUUUUACAAAAUAACAAAAAAACAAGACUGCAUAAUAGCAAAAAAGGAGGCUCUAUGAAGUUUUGUUACUGCUCCAUUUGACUUGCUUUUUGCCUUAUUUCUAUUAGAAUUAGCCUUGUCAUAUUUUUGCUCUUGGGGAUAUCAGCAAAUGUUUAUUUUAAUGGCCGGUUAUAUUUAGACUUUCAAGCAGAUUCCUUCCUAUUUAACUAGAAGCCCUCUGAUAGAAAUUGUUGAAAAAUGUUUAAAUUGUCAUGAUGAAACCAGCUUCUUCUUAUAAUUUUGUGGGCUAAUUAAAUGAACUCACAAUGGCCUUGUUAGGUAUAUAUGGGGGAAAACAGAAUUGUAUUAGUUUUCUGAAUUUUUAAGAGAUGACACAGAUAUUCCUUAAAUAUAGAAAUAAUGUAUUUUUCUCAUAUUAAAGAAUAUUUUUGUUAAUUACAUAGAUGUUAUAAAUUUGAAAGGACACUUCUAAUGCUUUCAUGGAAUUCAUUAUUAAUCAUAAGGUUAAAAGAUUUUUUUCCCCUCCAGAUUUCAUAACCAACCAUUUGGAAUAAAGGUAGUUAGAUCGAACACUUAAUACUACAGAAAAUGAAUGCAUUUUUUUCCUAGCAGCUAUUUUAAUAUUUUCUACAAACAGGAAGCAUAUAAUGUAACAGAGUAUUGGAGGGAGAUGGUGAUAUAAGGGUAUAUUGAUCUGGGAGGAUAAAUCAUAAAUGGGGGUUCUACAUUUCUGGUAUAAAAUCUAGAUUGUGUUAUUACAGGUAGGCUUAUUUUUUCAAAGGGGAUAAUAUGAAGCACUAUACACUACAAGCAACAGUCUUGUGUUGCUAGGGAGAUCGACUAGCUGGUGUUUUGAUGUUAAAUUCUGGUGUCAUUACUGGGCCUGGGGUUAAUGAUAUUAAAUAGUUUAUAGAAAUCAGGAAUUAAAUGCAAGAAAUUAUAACUAAUUAUCAAGGUGAUUCUUUCACUUUUCUUCCUUUAAUGAGUUUCUCUUUUUUCCUUCUUUAUAAGAAAUAUCAUGUAUUUUUUUUUCUUCUGUUCCUCAUUUUACUAUAAAGCUUAGGUUUUCAGGGCCUUUUUCAGAGUCAUCUCAGUGAAGACCAAUGUUGUUUUAUAUGAACAGCAAAAUGUACAAAUACUUCAAGAAGACGACAGGCCACAGGAACUGUAACAAAAAAUGGAAAAAUCAAGAUAUAAUUCUUCUCUUGGACGUGCACAUUUUACCACCUGUUGACAAGAUGUAAUUGUGACCCAUCUUGAGGAGAUGAACAGCAACUCAUCACCUUAAAACACUUGGUAAACAUAUACUACUACUACUACUAAAAAAAAAAAAAAAAAGAAUGAAAUAUGCCAUCCAACCAUGGAAGACAUCGUUCACAGAGAACGGGAAGUGUGAACACCAUUUUGAAGAUGACAUCGACACGAAGAAAGAAAGCUGAUUCACCUCGCACGUGUGGACGUGUUCUCCGUGGAGUCAUGGUCUCCGUGGCGGGCUAGCUGCCCGAGUUCAGCUGGACUCACGGGCAGAUCUGGAGAGCAUUUACGUGAGUGAGCAGAGGAGAUCUCGGUCAGGCUGCAGGUAUUGUUUGCAGGAGAGAGGACACUGUGACAAACUCACCUAGCUCUAAUGUGCUAGCCAGUGGGAAGCUUGGCCAUGUCAGUUCUGUGUGAGGCUGCGGGUACAGACCCCCUUGCUGUAGUUUUAUGGAGCUCAUUUCUCAAGCUUAAUUGGGUUUUAAGACAUUCCUAAAUAACUGGUUUCUGAGUUGAAUUGGAAUGUUAGAGAUGUGGAGAGCAAAAUACAGAUUUUAGCUAGCAUCAUUUUCAUGCUAAGGACAUCAUCUCGCUCAGUAGCUUCUGUUCAAUACCUACUGAACGUCCAUGGAUUUCUAGUUACAGAACGUGAUAUUAUGGCCAUUUGGUAACUCUUUACUCAUUGUUUUUCUCUAUAGCCAGAGAAUGACUUUCCACUUAUUAAGACAUUGCUUUUCCCCGUAUGUGUUUUGGGGACUAUUCGAAUGCCAGACUCAACAGGGAAAGCAUGAUACUCUCAUGCCUCCUGUUUUAUUCUGAGAGUGUUAGUUCUACUGUGGUCCGUAAAGACAGAACCAUCCCAUUUAUAUGUGUCUCAGAGUCCGUUAGAUAACCUCUGCGGGCUCACAGUUGUGAAGCCAUACUAACGUGAACUUACUCAUGCUAACUUUUCCAGCGUAUAGCUCAUAAACCAACCUCCUGGAAAAUUUCGCUAAACGACCUAUCUUACACACAAGGGAUAAAGUUCAUUCACCUAGAAAACGUCUGUGUAUUCAGAACUGUGGCCAUAGGACGUCGGGAAGACUUCUUUAUGUUAUCAGCUGACCAUUCUAAAGAAUUAGCUCCGUCCUUUCAAUUUUUGCUGAAUAAGUAGCGAUGUGAAGUUUUUCAAAAGCAGAGUAAAUGACUAAAGAGAAAGCAUCCCAUCUGAACUGUUGCCAGUCUGAACAGAAAGAGAAUACAUAGAUGUUCACGCAUACAUAUCAAAUCCUUUUACAGAUGCACUCACACACUUUAAAAUAUUGAACGGGCCUCCUCAGGCACAGCGUUAUUAAUAGAACGAGGCUCUUUUGAGAGAAGCAAUGUGUAAAAAAAACACAUGGAGAGGAAACGCUAAGAAAUGAUCUGUGUCAUGGUGCUUUAAAACUUGUUUCCUGAAGGCUUUAAGAGAUUUAAAAUUUUCAAAGUAAGAAAGCUACCAGAAUUUUAAUGAAGAAUUUGUUCUAUGAAGGGGUGAUUGCAGGUAGAUAGAUAGAUAGAUGACAGAUCAUCUUGCUUUCCUGACCUAACGACAGAGUACAGUCUCUUAGUUCUUUGUUACCAGCCUUAACUACCAUAUACUUUAUUUGUAUUUUUAUUUUUUAAUGAUUUUUUAUUAUAUUAUGCUAGUCACCAUACAGUACAUCCCCAGUUUCUGAUGUAAAGUUCGAUGCUUCAUUAUUUGCAUACAACACCCAGUGCACCAUGCAAUACGUGCCCUCCUCACUACCCAUCACCGGUCUAUCCCAUUCCCCCACCCUACCAUAUACUUUAGAUGCUGAAUACUUCACACCAACAGAGGCUCUGUCAAAAGCUUACCGCUGUUAGUGAAUAUGCGAGCAUGAUUUAUAGGAAUGCGUGGAGGACUGUCUUUGGUACCAAGCAGCCAGGUUCUCUACAAAUAGGAUACAAGACUGACUUAUAAUUCUACCACUUUGUCUGUAAUGUUCUAGUUCAGCACAGAAGCUUUGAGUGUCCUUGAGUGACUGUCAUAUCCCGGAGUGGCAAAACUUUCUUGUUUUCUUUUUCCUUUUUUUCUUUUUCUUUUUUUUAAGGUCAGUCUGUUUUUCUAAGGUGACAAGCACAUGCAGUUCUUUGUUAUUAAAUAUCAGUCUUGUAAAUACUCUAAGAUUCUUGCUUUCCAGCAAUUAUCCCAGUGUGGAAAUGGGUCUGAUUUUUGUUCUUACUACAUACAAUUUGCAUGUUUCCUACUGUGAACUCUGAAGUGACUCAGAGAGAGCGUGAGAGUGUAUCCCCACAUGUUGAUAAAGAAGGAAAUCUCGCUUGGGAAGAGGCGUGGCAUCCUGUAAAGUAUGGGGAAUUAGGAAAGGAUUUUAAAAUGUCCGUAUAACUGUAAAGCAUGUAUAAAAUCAGGUAAGUAAUGGAGCUCUGUUGACUUAAGCCCACAAGAGACUUAGCUUCCAUCUACGAAUGCGACCAAACGAAUUCUCUGUAGUUCCUCUGUAGUUGAUCAGCUUAAACCACACAGUCUAAUUGAGUGACUGAGUUUUUGCCACAAAUGUCUGGCAAGUAGGAAGAGAGAAUGACCACAGUCCAGAAGAAGUUUGGAGAAAACUCGCCCUGGUUUUCCCUUUGCUGCUGCCUUUCAUGCCUUAAAUCCUUACUAUGUACAAUGAUAAUGGGUGAUUAUUAUUGGCGGUGUAAGUAAAGGUUAAGUUGCACGUAUCAUUUUUAUGUGAUUUAUGUUUAGAACUUCUCUUUGUAAGGAAAAUUAUUUGUGCUUUGAUCAAAUUAUGAGCAUUAGUUUUUUUUUUUAAUUUCUGUAUCAGUGCUCACUCUGGAAGUUUAUGUGAAGUAUAUA